UCCUCGAUCCCCUCCUCCCACCUCGAGAUCUCCCAAGGCUCAGGAGCCAGCGCGCCAUCGGCCCCUCGUCUCGCUCCGGCGAUUCCGCCCGCCGCCGCCGUAGGCACCACCUUGUGGUCGGGGAGAUGGCCGGCCUGGGGAAGGCCUUCUACGCGGUGGGGUUCUGGAUCCGGGAGACCGGCCAGGCCCUCGACCGCCUCGGCUGCCGCCUCCAGGGCAACUACUUCUUCCACGAGCAGCUUUCAAGGCAUCGCACUCUUAUGAACAUCUUUGACAAAACCCCUCAUGUUCACAGAGAUGCAUUUGUUGCCCCAAGCGCAUCUCUCAUUGGUGAUGUUCAAGUUGGACAAGGUGCUUCAAUUUGGUAUGGGUGCGUCUUACGAGGGGAUGCAAACAAUGUUCAAAUUGGAUCUGGGACCAAUAUACAAGACAACUCUCUUGUCCAUGUGGCAAAAUCUAACCUUAGUGGGAAAGUCUUUCCAACCAUCAUUGGGGAUAAUGUCACUGUAGGUCAUAGUGCUGUAUUACAAGGGUGCACGGUUGAGGAUGAAGCUUUUGUUGGUAUGGGGGCAACCCUGUUAGAUGGGGUUGUCGUGGAAAAGCAUGGGAUGGUUGCUGCUGGAUCCCUUGUAAGACAGAAUACAAGGAUCCCCUGUGGAGAGGUAUGGGGAGGAAACCCUGCAAAAUUCCUGAGGAAGCUCACUGACAGUGAGAUUGCGUUUAUCAAAGAAUCAGCUUCUAACUAUUCCAGCUUGGCAAAGGCCCAUGCUGCUGAGAAUGCCAAACCUGUUGAAAAGAUUGAGUUUGAGAAGUUGUUGCGCAAGAAGUCUGCUCACCAGGAUGAAGAACACGAUUCAGUGAUUGGUGCCACUCGAGAGGUUCCUCCGGAGCUGGCGCCCCCCAGUCCUGCGCAAUAAACAUUGUUUCUGUUUUUGCUUCUCUCUGAUGCCUUCCAUCGUCUUAUAUUGGACAGUGCAGAAUUGUUGAAGUUGACACUGUUCCAUGAGUUUGGCGGUUUAUGUUUUACUUCCCUCCCCAAUAAUUUUGGGUCGAGCAAUGUUCAAAAGCUGGCCAUGCACUUCGUUUUCUGUAUUCUGUAUGUUUAAGACGAGCUCCAUGGAACAAACAGAACCAUUACGCACAGAAACAUAGCAUCGUUUUGACAAGUU